AUGGACCAUGCUGAUGCUAUCAUGGUCUUCGGGUUGUCUGGCAAUCUGCUGGCGACGCUGGAUCGCAAGACCUUCCGUGCUCUCAGCGGAAAUUUCGCGGCCGCGCUGAAGAGCCACUUGCAGCCAAAGAUUGGCGUUCCCUGUUUUCGGCAGCGGCUCCUCUGGGGGGAGACAGAAGUAUGCCAGGGCUGCCCCUGGGAUGGCUCGGCUCUGCCUGUGAAUCUUCAGCUGGUGAUUUCGCCUCUGCGUUGCGACAAAACAGAGCAACUGUGUGCCGCUGUGGCCAUGGGCAAGAUGGAAGCCGUCCAACAGCUGCUGUCAGAAGGGCAGGAUCCCAAUGCGCUGGGUGACAAGGGGCGCACACCCCUUAAUAUUGCUGCAGGUCGUCACCGUUGGGCAAUUGCCGCUGCUUUGACCCAGGCUUGUGCAGAUCCCAAUGCCGCCUCUGGGGACUCUGCAUCUGGGGGUGGUGAUGAGACCCCACUGAUCGCUGCAGCAGCCCUUGGGGAUUUCCGAAUGGUGCAGUACCUGCUACAGGUUCAUGCAUGUAUGGAUUUGCCAAAUUCUGAUGGCAGAACGCCCUUGCUAGUAGCGACGAUGCACGGCCACCUUGCUGUGGUGGAAUGCUUGAUUGAAGCUACUGCCGACAUCAAUAAGCCGGUGGAUGGACGAGCCGCGUUCGCAAACCCUUUACUGAGCGCGGCAGAGUGCAAUCACUCACGCAUUGUGUCUACUCUGCUCAGAGCAAGAGCUGAUGUCGAUUGGUGCAAUGCUGAGGGCAAGACGGCCCUAUGGUGCGCUGUCGCUAAUGGAAGCCUGCAGUCUGUGAGGUGUUUGAUCAAGGCCAGAGCAAGCACGAAUCAUGCCGACCAAGAUGGAAACGCGCCGCUGUGGGUCGCUGCUGCGUGUGGGCAGCCUGAGGCUGUUGAUUACUUGAUUGUUGCACGGGCUGAUGUGAACCAAGUGGCUGGGAAUGGUCAGUCGCCUUUAUGCACCGCCGCUUUGCGAUGCGACCUGUCUGUUCUUCGUCGCUUACUCAACGCCGGUGCUGAUGAUAGACCAGACUGGCAAGGUAGGUCGCCUGCAGAGAUCACCCUCAGCGCUGAGGUCCGUGAGGAGCUCCAGCAACAUGGUGCAAACUCGCAGCAAGGCUGGCAGAAGUCUCUUCACUAA